GGUGGUACCCAAGUCUAAGCUAAACAUGGUGAAGUUGCAUUCUCUGUAUCUGCAAACAUACUGUAUGGAACUGAUGCAAGCAAACUGCAGCCACUUUUCAAAGUUUUUAUUUUCUUUAUUCACUUCAGAACAUCUCAUAACUGAAUUUUAUGUUAUACAAUUUUGAUGCCUAAAUAUAGAAGACAUCAGUUAAUGUUGUAGUUGGUCUAAGUGGAGCUAAUGUGAACUGUUAGGCAGAAGUGUGUACCAAUGCAUCAUAUUGUAUAAAGUGAUCAUGUUUUCUAAUAAUAAUAACUGAAGGACAAGGACCUGAACUUUUACUGAAGUAGGGUGAUUAAAUGUUGAGUAAAUGUGAUUCAUUUUCCAAAGGAAUGUCCACAUACUUUUGGUCAUAUUGUUUAUAUUUCUUUUGUGUUUUGAUGGUACUACAAAUAAACUUGCUUCAUUAGGCCCUAAAGAGAAAUAGAAAGAAUAUAAAUCUUAGACUGAAUCAUUGCUCAAAUAUUGACAUAAACACAGUAACGGUUGCUCUCCACUCGUGUCUGGUCUCGUUUUUCAGGAAUUAAGAAGCUCCGUUUAAACCUGUUACACUUGCGCCACACUCCCACGCUUUUCUGCAGUAAUAUGUACUUGUAUAUCAAACUCAGGCCUGUGCCAGAUAAAACAUGGAGUAUGAUUCAGAGGUAACAAAAAUGGCCCAGAGAAACAUUUCUCCCUUCCUAAAUGAAUCCUCCAAUUUGACAAAUGAGAGCAUUGUGAAUACCAAGACUGGCACCACUAUGGGCGCCCUCAUCCUGAGCCUCGUCUUUCUCCUGGGCUUCCCUGGAAACCUCUUCAUCAUCUGGAGCAUCCUGGCAAGUGCCCAGAAGUAUUCUGUCACCACGCUCCUCAUCCUCAACCUAGCUGUCGCCGACGGCUCUCUGAUGGCCCUCACCCCAUUCUUUAUCGUCUACCUGGUUUUGAAGAAAUGGGUGUUUGGGGAAGCGAUGUGUAAGAUCAUCUUCUACCUGUGUCUGGUCAACAUGUAUGCCUCCAUCCAGAUCAUCAUGCUCAUGAGCAUCUACAGGCUGGUGGCAGUGCUGUGGCCGCAGCGCAUCACUCUUCUCACCAGCCGGAAGACUGUAUUGCGGGUGCUGGCGGUGUUGUGGAUCCUGGUGAUGGUUGCCUCUGUUCCUGCAAUGAUCUUCAGAAAAGAGAAGCAGGAGGGGACUACCUUGGUGUGCGAACCAGUCCACGAUAAAAGCAGCCAUGUGAUCCUCCAGUACAUGCUGGAGAUCGUGUUGGGGUUUUUAAUUCCCUACGGGGUCAUUGUAGUCAGCUACAUCUGCAUCUUACGACGGAUCCGACAGACAAAGUUCCGCCGUCGCAUUCGCAGUGAGAAGCUCAUCCUGGCCAUCGUGUUGACCUUCUGCCUCUUUUGGUUGCCCUACCACAUCAUCAACAUGGUGCAAGUAACAUGGGCUUUGUAUCCAGACGGUGAAGUAAAAAAAAUACUCAAUUUAAUAUGGCACAAGAGCCGAGCUGUCACGUCUUCCGUAGCCUUCAUGAGCAGCUGUGCGAACCCAGUACUCUACUUCUUCGCAGGAAAGUCCUACAUCCGGCGAGAAGGGCUGGCGUUCAUGGCCCGCUUGUUUGAGGGCACUGGGCUGGACUCGGCCACCAGGAAGAGCCGACAAAACAGCCAGAACAGCCGCGAAAAAGACAAAGACGCAGAUGCUGUCAUGCUAAAGGACAAAGAUCCAGACUCUGUUACCAACUCAAACUCUAAUACCAAACCAGUAAAGAAUGGUAACUAGAAGACACAUGAUUCAGCAGGCUUGAAGCUGGUGUUGUUCCUCUGAGUGGAAAAUCCCCAUCCAAUAACAAAAAUGUCAUCAGGGUUCAUCAUGCACUGCUGGUUCCUGCCAAUGAAGACAAGAUUCAGCAGCUGUUCAGCUAAUGUAAAUCCCUACUCAAAAUGAUACUGUUACCAACUUUAAAAGGGAUGUCACUGGGCAUACUGAUCCAAGAACAGCUUGCCUUAUCCUAAAGUGACAUUGUUGAGAUAUAUGAGACUUGCUCUGCACUGAACCAUUUCAUAAGGAAGAACUGUGGAGUAUUAUCUAGGACCCAGGUGGUGCUUUAUGUUUACUUUGUUUUGCAAGAUUUUUCGCAACAUUUUUUAUGCAAUGUUUUAUUUGUCAAAAUGCCUGACAGAAGCAUCGAAAUGUCAAAAUGAACUGAAAGAGGGAAUAUUGUUUUAUCUCAGUGACGAGCACAAAUUGAGAGCUCAGGUUCGAUGGAGGCACUUGACUUUGUUUUUAUAUUAUAUUUUAUAUUCACACUGAUGUGUUCGCUUUGCGUGCUUCGACAACAUUCAUGAACUAUGGCUAAGGUUUUGAUGACAAUGAUUGAAAAGGCUAAAGGCUGGACUUUUUCUGUAUGACGUAUAUCAAUUUCAACAGUACAAAGUUACACAUUACUGUAUGUGGUAGAUUGAUUGCAAGAGAUUUAACAAGAUUUACAUUUACAACUUUACUGUUUGUACUGUAAUUUGUUGACAGACGAUGUCAUUGCGAUACAGAAAAGAAAAAGACAA